AAUCUUUAUUUCCAAAAUUAGAUAAGAGCUCGAUACAAGUUAACGUUUCCUAAACAUUAUUUAUUUUCUUGUAGAAUUUUUUACCUUUUGAAUGAUUUUCUUUAAUAUGUAUAAAAUUUGAAAGUUAUUUCUUAUUUUAAAAUAAAUUUUCUUUAUAAAGUAUGAAUUCAAAUUACGUACUUGUUGUCGUCGUACAUUUUAUUUGUACAUUUCUUGUCCUUCGUACUCUUUUUCAUGUCUGCCCAAGUUUUAUAAUUGAGUCCAUUAACUGUGGAAUGGCAUUAGCUUCUGCAGCUCUCAUCGGAUGGCUCACCUUUCGAUUUACCAAAACAAAAUGGUUAAAUGAUCGAGUUCAGCCGGAUGGAAAAGCUGUUCUAAUCACAGGUUGUGAUCGAGGAUUUGGUCAGGCACUUGCUAUUCGCUUAGAUUCACUAGGUUACCAUGUGUUUGCAAGUUGUCUUUCACCAUCUGAUCCAGGAGUUCAGAAUUUCAAGAAUAAAUGUUCCAGUCUUUUGCACGUUUUAGAAAUGGAUGUUACGAAGGAAAACAGUGUUCAGGCUGCGUUAGAAUUCGUUAAAGAAAACCUGAGUACUUCAGAGCUUUGGGCCGUCGUCAACAACGCUGGUAUUUUUAAAGGACUUCCUGUUGAAAUAGCUCCACUGCAAGAUUUUAAAACUUGUCUUGAAGUUAAUACUUACGGUCCAUUAAGAGUCACCAAAGCCUUUUUACCUUUGUUGAGAAAGUCAAAAGGCAGAUGUGUCAAUUUGACAAGUAUUGGUG